AUGAAUUUUAUUUGCUUUAAAAUAUAUAUUUUUUUUAUCUUAUUUGAUACAUUUAUAUCAUCAAAUACGAACAUUCCAAGAACAAAUAAUAAUAAAAAUAAUAAUCCAAAAAAUGUAACAACAGAUAUAACACCUUUAGGACCAGUACCUGAUAUAAUUACAUUGGAUUAUAUAAGGGAACUUCUAAUACACAUUCAAUUAAUUAAAGAUGAAGUAAUCAAGGAAAAGUUGAAAAAACUUAAAUUAUUAAAAAAACAAAGUAAGGAUAAUAAAAAUGAUAAAGAUUUAAAAAAUGAAAUUGAGCAUAUAGAGAAAGAAUUAAUUGAUACUAAACUACUUUGUAAAGAUUAUAUUAAAAAUGAAUUAGAAGAAAUAAAAAUAUUAAAAGACCAAAUUGUGAACGACAAAAUAGAUCAAUAUAGAUGGAAGGGUGAUAAAUUGAUAGAUUAUGAAUUAAAAAGACUUUUUUUUGAAGCACGAUUGAAAAAAGACAAAAAACUAUAUGAGCAAUAUAUGAAAAAACAAAUUCAAAAUUAUGUGAUACAAAAAGAAAUUUUAGAUUUUGAUAAAAUUAUAUUAAAAAUAUCACAAAAUAUAAUUAAUAUUCUUAUUAUAAUUCUAAUCAAAAUUCUAGAAGCAGAUUCAAAAUCUUGUAAAAAAUUUAUAAAGGAUUAUUUCACUGAAAUUAUAAACGAUAUUCCAGAAGUAGAAUUAACAUCUCAUAAUAAAUUUAUAAGUAUUUUUUUCACUAAAAUUAUAAUGUAUAUUGCAGAAGUAAUAUUAGCAUUUGAUAAAUUUUAUAUAAGUUAUUACAAUAAAAUUACAAAGCAUAUUCCAGCAGUAGAAUUAUCAUUUGGAAAACAUUUAGACGAUAAAUUGAGAAAAAUACACAACAAAGUUUUUAAAAGUAAAAGAAAAAAAAGAACAUUUUUCGAGCUAUGGAGUGCUUUUCAUGAUUGGUUAGAAGAAAAAGCGAUAAAAUAUCAUAUUGGAGGAUAUACACUAUUUUUUACAUUAGUAUCAACCAUUGCAAAUAUAUUAAAGAACACAAUUAUAGGAUGUUCUGCUGCAAAUCAUGUAGGUGCUACUGUAUUAGGAUCUCUGAUAAUUAUUAUUUGCAUUAUAAUACUUAUAAUAUUCUUUUAUUAUGUUUAUAAAUUAAUAUCAGAAUAUAUAAAAUCAAAAAGAGAAUGA